AUGGUGUCUGCCACUAGACUGCUACUUCUCCUACCUUUUCUCGGGGCUCUGGCGAGUCCUACCGAUCCCACGCCUAACGAGCCCGUUGGUCGAGGGGAGAAGUCAUACGACCUUCUUCAGGAGAUAGGAGAGAGUAUCUUCAAUGCCACCAGCGAAGAUAAACUUCAAGGUCGCUCUACAGACCUCAGAACUAGCAAAGAUGGCGUGAACUCCGCGGGAUAUUACUAUUCCCUCUACAACGACAACCAUGCGGGCGCCGAUUACACCGAGUUUCCUGACAGUGGCCGGUUCCAACUAAAAUGGAACACGAACAAAGAGUUCCUGGGCGGAAAGGGCUAUCGGGGUGGUAGCACUCGCAAAUUGACCUGGGAUGGCCACUUCAAGGCUGAUGGUGACUACACUCUGGCCGUCUACGGUUGGACUACUGACCCCGUGACUGAGUGGUACGUUGUCGAACAGCACGGCACAGGCACCCCUGGUAACGGUCAUAUCCUUGGGCAAGUCAAUGUUGACGGCGGCGUGUACGACGUCUAUAUGAUUCCGUACAGGAACGUUCCUAAGAUCUACGGUGUCACCAACUUCAACCAGCUAUGGUCUGUUCGUCGCAAUCCUCGCACCACUGGCUCAGUUGAUGUUACUGCUCACUUCAAGCGCUGGAAAGAACUCGGACUCCAGCCAGGCAACCCUGUCUUCCAGAUGGUCACUGCUGAAGGAUUCAAGGGCAGCGGAAACCUUGAUUUCCAGCUGCAUUAA